AUGGGAAGAGCGUAUACCUCUUCAAAGGGAGGUUUCAACAGAGUAGCAUGGACUCCUCACGAAGACAAAAGGCUUACGAAUUACAUCUCCAUACAUGGUCCAGGUAAAUGGGAGAGGCUUGCCAAAGAAUUAGGUCUAAAUAGAUGUGGAAAAAGCUGCAGGCUUCGAUGGUUGAAUUACCUGAGACCUGGCAUAAAGAGAGGGAACUUUUCAAAAGAUGAAGAAGACCUAAUUACCAGGCUCCACAAGCUCUUAGGCAACAAAUGGUCUCAAAUAGCAGGGAGACUUCCUGGGCGAACAGACAACAAAAUAAAGAAUCACUGGAAUACUUAUUUAGCUAAGAAGGCGAAAGAGUUGCAUUUCAUGACCUUACCUAGACUUCACAUGGAGAAAGAAUGUCCAGCUUCAAGCACAGGAGAGAAAACUGGAGAACAAGAUACUCAACUAGUUAAUGAGGCAAUGUAA